UUAUAAUAAUUUUGUCAGACGGUCAGUAGAAUUAAGCCAUUGCAAAUCAGGGCAUGACGUCGCCACAUCCCUCAGGGCAUGCAGGCGGCGGCGCUGAAGGCGAAGUUCCCGGGGCGGCAGCCAGCGACGGAGAUGGUCACGGUGUUCGACGGGUGGCUGACCGUGGCAGUGACCACCGUCUCUGUCCUGGUCUUGGUCACAACCGUAAGCAGACCAAGGGGCCGCAGCGGUCCGAAGAUGCGGCCAGGGAUUUCCUCCAGAGAAUUAUCGAAGGAAGGCUCAAGGAAAUCUACUGCUCGAGCUUCGGCGUGGACCUCGAAUCUGCAAUAGAGUUGAGAGUGCGGUAUUACUCCACUGAUGCAACCUACUUGUCUUACAUAACAAACCGGGGUCACGCAAGUAAAGUGAGUAGUAACUCGGAAGGAACAUACCCUGGAGCAACAGCCGUUGGGCCGAAGGUAGCAAACCGCGGCUGA